CACCAAAAUGAUCUGCACGGCGAACGCGAGUCUCCUAAACGAUACCGGGCGGGCAGGCACACGAGCGCGAGCACGCACGAGUUCGCGAGUCCCCCUGACCCCCACGUGCGCGUCGUUGGAACCAAGGAUUGGAUUAGCCUCGCCGACGACGAGGAGAGAAGAGCUGGUGGCUGGCGAGGGGCUCGCGGGGAUGGGGAUCUCGAGGCCCCUGGCGCUCCUUCUGGCGCUGCUGAUCGCCGUCGCCGGCGCGACCGCCGAGGAGCCCGUAGUGGCGGCGGACUCGGUGGCCGGCGCGGUGGAGGCCGCGGCGGCGCUCAGGGUGGAGGAGGCUGCGGAGGCCGCGGCGCUCAGGGCCGAGCUGGAGCAGCUCCGGGCGAAGAUCUCCGCCUUAGAGUCAGACAUAGCAGUGCGAUCUCUCGAACUGAAGAAUAAGGACGAUGUCAUCGUGAACCUAGAGAAAGCCAUUGCGGAGAAGUCAAAGGCUAUUACCUCUAUGCAGGGCGAGAUUGCUUCUCUCCAGGCAAAAGGAUCUCUAGCUGCCGAGGAGCAGGCUAACAAGGCCAAUGCCAAGGCUGUUGAACUUGAGAAGCAGAUUGACAAGCUCAAAAAGGAUAUUCAAGCACAAAGUAGUCAGAAAGCAGCACUAGAAUCUAGGGCCAACGAUGCAGAGAACAAGGUGGAAAAGUUGAAUGAAAAGCUUAAUACAAUGCAAAAGGAAAGUGAUGAGCAAAAACGCAAAAUCAAGAAGACAGAACGUGCUCUUAAAGUCGCUGAGGAGGAAUUGAUGAGGUUGCAGUUAGAAGCAACUGCUAAAUCAAAACAGCUGACUGAGGUUCAUGGAGCAUGGUUACCACCUUGGUUAGCGACACACUAUGCUCGUUACAUGGAGGUUGUCUCAGGUCACUGGAAUUAUCAUGGAAAACCUGCUGUGCAGAAUGUUUUGCAUAAGGCAUCAGAAAAAUCAGCACAUGCAAAGAAAUGGGCUGAACCACAUAUUGAGACUGCUAAGAUGAAAUGGAUUCCUGUUAAGGAGAAAUUGGUUGUCCUCAAGAAAAAUGCAGAACCUUAUGUACAGAAGGUAUCGACAAGAUCAGUGGAGUUUUAUGAGUCAUCAAGGGAUGCUGUGACACCUCACGUUGUCAAAGUUAAAGAGUUUGCUCAUCCCUACUACCAGGAAGCCAAGAAGUUUUCUAAGCCUUACAUUGAUCAAAUUGCUGAGAUCACUAAGCCACAUGUUGAGAAAGUUAGAACUACUCUGAAGCCAUACACUAAGAGAGCAGUUCAUGCGUAUGGGUCAUUUCUUGGGUCUGCAACCACAUACCAUCGACAGGCUCAGGCGACCAUCAUGGACUACCUCCAUCAGCAUGGGGUACCCAAGUCAUUUGCAACGAAGGAGUUAGUUUGGUUCCUGGCUUCUGCCUUGCUAGCUCUGCCUGUCUUCGUCAUAUACAGGCUUGUAGUAGAGACCUUCUGCACCAAAAAGAACAGAAGGCCUCGUGGCGGUAAUGGUAACGGUAACCAUGGCCAGAAGAGACACAAGCGGCGAUACGCCGACAAGUAGACCAAUCUACCCAACACUUUAGGGUUCAGCAUGUUGUGUUUGCAUUGUCGCGCAUCUUUGAGCAAUGAGCAAGAUUGGGUUGCUCCUCCCUCCCGGAGGCACUGUUGAACCAUACAUGGAGGAAGGAGACUCGGGUCAUGGGCACCCUUUACCGUGAGAAGCGUUGUAGCCUACACCACCAAUAUUUCUCUUUCUUUUACUUCUUCCCAGGUGUACUAUGGACUUCGGUGCAGGUGCAGCGGACCUUUUAUAUUAUCUGCACUUUGCUGGGGUUCAGGGGGUUAGGCCUUUGUUUUAUUGGUCGUUGUUUAUUGUAACUUGUGAAUUCGUUUGAGUUCGUCUGUUUGUUUUUUUGGCUGGCGACCUACAUUCGAACUUGUUAGUUGAAGUUUAACUCAAGUUGCUGGAGUGUCAUGAACA